AUGAUCUUCAGGGCUUCUGGUCUCCUCAUCAGACUCUCUCCAGUGCAACAAAGAAGAAUGGCAAAGUUCUGCUUUUCCCCCGACCCUCCACCCAACCACUGGUCGCGCAAAGGAGGGGCUUUCCCAAUCCUUGUAUGUAGCCCUCGAGUGGAGGAACUCCGACGAUGCAUGCAGGACAAUUCAAGUCAUCUAUCAACCCUCAGGGGAGUAGAAGCGGCUCUUUUGCUUCUUAUUGCCAGCUUUGGUGGGCUGGCAGUGCUAGAACCCUGUUCUUGUUGUCGGGGAGAAUCGUUCCGCUACUGUGGGACGCAGGGCCGACACUGCCUUGUCGAGGAUUCUCCCCAAUCCCAACAAAACCCAAAUAAAGAGUUUUGCUCACGGUUUGACUAUUCACCGUUGGAUUUUAUGAGCGUGUGUACACUGGAUACAGAUGACUACUUCUAUUUCUCUGAGCACAUCCAAUUUUUUCAUGGUAUUAGUUCAGACUGGAAGUGGGAAGAAAGGAGCCAGAAAAUGGUGGAUGAAAAAGGUUUGCGAGCCUUUCAAAAUUUAGCUCUUAGUUGUGGAAGUUGCAAUGGUAUUGGAUACGUUGCCUGUUCCUCCAAGGGAUUCUAUUCAAAUUGCUUAAAGGUGGAGUGGAAAGACAUGCAAAACUUUCAAAUCACAUGCCGAAGAAGCUCCAAUAGCAGUGGCAUGGUUCGUUGCUACUACCUCAAUUUUUCCAGGACUCUCUUGGACCCUCCCAGCAAGUUUACUGGAGAUGAAAGGUGGUUAAGCCUAUAUCAGAAUACUGAAGAUGGCAAGAAAAGGCUGGAUGCCGAUAUGCAAGCCGAAUUGGAUCUCAAUUUGAAAAUUGUGCCCAUCAAAACAAAAAAAUACAGGUUCAGAUUGUCCCCGUCGGCAUGUCUGUCAGUGACGAAAGCUGUUUUGGCCCAGGGAUUAAAAAUGAAGUGGUCUGUCAACCCCUGA